UUCAUACUCUCGUUUGUUUUAUUGUUUAAUAAAUAUUGAAAAACAUCUUUUGUCGUUUUCAAAUUAUUCUGUUGUUUCAAAGUGUUCAGUUUUUCUUCAAAUUCAAGUUUUUCAGAUUCAUUUGUAAACACAAUCUCAAAUUGUUUCCUUGGUUUAGAAUAGUGGUACUGUUUGAUAGAUCCAUCACUUAGUCGUUUGCGUCUUGUUACGCCUUUGAAAUCAUUUUCAUUUAUACAUACAUUUGUAAUAUCCUUCAAACUCAUACUUGCAGUAUUUAAUAUUAUCCAGUAUAGGUAAAACUUCCAGAGAGCGAUUGUCUAAGAAUUAAUACUUGUAUUCAUUUAUUUAUUUAGGAAAGAACUCAGUGCUAGACUUCUGUCAAACUAGAAUUUCAAAUUUCCUUCCAAAUAUUUUAUCUGCAAGCCGAUUGGUCAAAGUGUUAUACAUGUAGUUACAUGUAACCACAUUGACCAGGCUGAAAAGUUCAUUUCGAAAAAGAUCUUACUGCAUAAUGGCCACAAGAUUUGUAACACUUGAACUGACCUCAGAACAAACUGAUGCCAUAAAAACAUUAUUUCUGCAAAAUAACUGGAGUUACUGUGAAGUAAAAUCUGAAGGUAAAAACAUAACCCGCAAAAGGAAAAAGACAAUGUGUGCAUCUACUGCAGAAGCAUCAAUUUCUUCCUAUGGACAAGCUACAGAUGACAAAGAUCAAGGAGAACCGAAUCAUGACCCAGAUCCAGAAGACCCAAAUAAUGACUCAGAUCCUAGUGAUGGCAAUGAUGAUUCGAAAUGCAUUCACUGCUACAUGAGCCCAUGUGUCACAGUUUCACAGAUUCAUUUAGGCGGAGAAGGACAAGAACCCUCUGAAUACAACCCUCCAAUUCGGAAAAGUAUUUACAAACGGUUUUGGAGAGUUAUCGAUAAUUUAGGUGGAUGGAAAUUACUGCCUUAUCAAAACAAAAAACGAGAACUUGCGCAGCGUCAGAAUGUUGUUUACUGUAAACGUGAAGUAAUGCCUGAAUGUGUGUUAUUAUUUACAAGAGGAUUAUAUCCGAACCCUGAUGGACAACCAUAUAUGGGCCAUAAAUGGGAGUGAUGUGUGUCUGUCUGUAUGUCUGUCAUGAAACGAUUGAGACUGCAAUAAUGUUGAUAUGUAUUUUAUAAAAAUUGAAUGCUUGGCAAACUUCUUUUUCAAUAUUGCUGGAAUACAUCGCAAUA